AUUGCAGACGCUUCCCUGCGCGGCUGAGCGCCAAAAACACCCGAACUCCUUCGACGCCGAAAUCACAGCUAAAAUUGUGGACUUAUCGGUUCCUGUAACUAAAGAUCAAAUCUUUCUUCGAUUAGAUUGAUGGAAGACUAUGUUGAAGACGCUAAUGGCUUUGCUCACGGUUCCGAGGAGGUGGAGGAGCUCACGGUUCCCAGAGGUGGGCCCCUCUACGUUGAGAAUCUGACCGGUCCUCUCACCAGUGUCGGUCUCUUCCAGUCUUCUGUUCUCCAAGAGCUUCAGGAUUUGGAGGUGGAAUUGGCUUCGGGUUCUUCCCAAGUCUGCGACGAAGAAGAUAUCUCGGUGGAUGAGCUUAAGAUCAUGAGUGAGGAGGAGUUGGUGGAUAUGGCUAUUAAGGAAGUACUUAAGGACGAUGAAUGUGUUCCCAAAUCUUCGCCGGUUUCAGAAGAGCCCUCCGAUGAAGGGAUAGCAGAACAUCCUGAGACACCAAAUGGUAAACUCUGUUAUACGAAGUCAAGAAAAAGAAAAGGAAUGAAGGAUGAUGAAGAUCCUUCCGAACUUCCAUCUAUUCCAGAGGAACCCCCUUCUGAAAGGAGAGGAGACAAUCCUGAGACAUCAAAUGAAAAAUAUUAUAUAACGUAUUCAAGGAGAAGAAGAAGAAUAUUGAAGGACGACGAAGGUGCUCUAAAUGUUUUACCGAUUUCGGAAAAGCCUCUCAAGGAAAGGAGACCAGAUGAUCCUCAUAAAUCAGAACUUAGAUCAUGCAAAGGAAAAGAAGUGAAGACAAAUUAUCUUGCUAUUAAGGAUGAUGAAGAUGCCCUCAAUCUUUUGUCUAUUCCAGAAGAGCCCUUUAAUGAAAGGAGAGCAGAUGAUCCAGACACGUCAAAUCAUAAAAUUUGUGUAAGGAAAUCAAGGAAGAGAAAAGGUAUGAAGGCAAAUAGUCAUUCUCUUGAGAGAAAUGAUACGGAGAAGAAGGCUUUUUGGUCACAAAUUGCAAAGAAGGUUGAGUAUAUUAAAAAAAUCAAAGAAAAGCAGGAUGAGGAUAAAGCAGCUGUGACACUACAUUCAUUCAACCGUAGUUUGAAAAUCAAGGGUCGUGCCAGUGCAUCCUCAGGGACAGCUGAAAGGAUGAAACCCCUCAGAUCUGCAAGUGCAGCAGUGAAGGUAAAGUUAUCCAGCAUUCAGGGUUGCAUACCUGUACGCCAUCCAGAAGUUGCUCUUUCAAUUGAGGUUUAUCAUAAUGUCCGAAACUGGGUCAAGACCCAAGAAUUCUUGGUCCUAGGACAACAAACCUUGACUGAGUUGAGGGAUAAGAUAUACUGUUUAACAGACAAGGUGAUGGAAACAGAUGGCCAGCAUAAUCAUUCAGGAUAUUUCCUCAUAGAAGAUACAUUCUACAACGAUCUGAGGGAUCCUUCUGCAAUAGAUUAUAGUGAACCAAUAUUUGAUUGGCUUAGAAAUUCAAAAGAUGAUGCUUUAAAAAAAUGGGAGUGUAUUUUAGCUGGAAAAAUGCAAAAGCACAAAAAAGCAGUUGUAGGCGACAUAACUGGCUCAAAAUUGCCUCGUUUCCAAGCUGCUGAUAUGCACAAGACACAGUUUUGCAACUUGAAAUUUCAACUUGGUGCUGGAUAUCUAUACUGUCACCAGGGUGACUGCAGACACACAGUUGUGAUUAGAGACAUGCGGUUGCUUCAUCCAGAGGAUAUACAAAACAGGGCAGCUUAUCCAAUACUCUUAUUCCAGUUGAAGCUACAUGUACAGAAAUGUAGAGUGUGUAGGAUAUAUAGAGCUACAAAGAUGACUGUCAAUGACAAAUGGACUCCGGAGAAUCCCUGCUACUUUUGCGAUAAUUGCUACUUCCUUCUUCACUAUACGAAAGAUGGUUCUCUUCAGUAUCAGGACUUCGAAGUGCAUGAUUAUCACCAUGAUCAACCGCGUUGAUGUUCUUGUUGUAUUACUAGUCUUGCCCCUACUGAAUUAUACAUCAUCUUGUUCAAUCAUAGUUUUGCAGUGUUGUAGAAAGUAAAACAAAGGUCAUCAUCAUUAAGCAAUGAAAAAAGUGGAACUGCAAAAAACUGGCUGAGAAUUAAAAAUCAAAUUCUAAAUACCCAUUUUCGGCUAAUUACAAUAGAUUAUACUCAGAUUCUUGUAA